AUGGCUAUCACUGAUUCCUUCGUAGCAUUACAGGGUCAGUUGUUCCAUUCGUACAUUAGACGCAUACAAUCGGACAUCCAGUCGAACCCGAAGCAUUUUUGGAGGUUUGUGAACGACAGACGCAAACGUAGUGAGAUUCCAUCGGUUGUUGAGUACAACAACCAAACAGCAAGCAGCGAUGCAUCUAAAGCGGAGUUAUUUGCGGAUUUCUUCGAAAGCCAAUACACACCGAGUGAUGACAUUGAUUUGAACGGUUUGUUAAACGAAUGCCGCAAUGAUGCAUUGGAUUGUGAACUAAACGAGGCCAAUAUGAACAAAGGAGCUCGACCGGAUGGUAUUUUACCGAAACUACUGAAAAAUUGUGCGCAUUCAUUGGUCAAACCAUUGACAAAGUUGUUCAACAAGUCAUUGCAAGCGGGAAUAGUGCCAAAUGCAUUGAAAACCUCGUGA